AUGGCUGGAAACCGAACUCAAACAAUGCCGAGCUAUCCGAUGCAACACCACCAUCACAAGGUUGCUACGAAAAGCACAGUUCGUUGUAAUUUGAAGUUCAAAGCAACUCCUGAGGCUAAUGUUCCAGAGAAGCCAUCUCGCAAGCGGGGCCCAGAGAUGUCCGUUGAUGAUCAGAGGUGUAAAAAGCAGAAGAUGGACUGCAAUGUGAAAGUUGAGUGCAGUAAUCUUUUGAAAGUAUUUAUGGAUCGUAGAUUUGCAUGGGCGUUCGCUAGGCCGGUCGAUCCAGUGAAGACUCCUUCCGGUUACUUCAAGAGGAUUAAGAAUCCAAUGGAUUUAGGAACAGUAAAGCGUAAUCUGGAAAGGAAUGUGUACUUUGAUGCAAAGGAAUUUGCGGAUGACGUGCUGCUGACUUUUGGGAAUGCAAUGUCGUAUCACCCUCCUUCGUCUGAACUUUAUCGCAACGCAAGGCUAUUGGAUUGUAAUUUCAGGAGGAGGUGGGAAAUAUUGGCUGCAAAAAUGAAGCUAGUUGUAGAAAACAAUCACCAGGUUGCUGGUCCGAUGAAAGCUCCCAAAGGUGAAAAACGUGGCAAGUCAAGGCGUGUAUCACUAGAGAAAAAAGCGAAGCUCGGACCAAGGGUUAUGAAUGAAAAAAAAGCACUAUAUGGCUGCACAUCUUUGAGCAAAACGGCUGACAAAGGUGUGAACCGGUGUCAAGAAGCAACUAUUGAUGCUCGUACUCGUGGGGCUGUUCCCGAUGAAGAUAAAAGCCCUUGUUCAACCUCUGUCACAACUUCUGUAUCAUGCUGA